AUACUAAGAUUGUGUAGGAAAAGGUACUUUUUCUGACUAAAACCUACACAUACACAACAGUCAGGGGUAUAUACAAACCUCACACACGACCACAGUGGAAGUUGCUUCGACCUAUAAAAUGCUGCUGGAGCAGAGCCUACAGUUAAACUAUCCUCUGGAACAGGAGUGAUCCAUUAAACGAGGAAAAAAAUGAAGGAUGAGGGUGCUAUUCACAACUCUUAUCGCAGCAGCAGUCAUUAUGACAGCAAAUUCAUGGCCUUUAGAGCAUGAACAACUACCUGCUGCAUAUGAGUGUAAGCUUUUCUUGUUCUAAUGGGCAAAACAUUCUUGUUUCUAAAGCUUACCUCAUGUUUGUGUUGUCCAGAUUAUCUGCAGCAAUUGAUGAGUGACAGGAAUGAAGAGUUUUUGAAUACUUUUGCUGAACUACAGGUGAACAAAAAUUACGGCGACAGUCUCCAAACUCAGUACACCCUUCCCGUUGAAUCUCUGGAGGUUGGCCAGAGUAUCACAGUAGUGUUCAGGAACCCUGAGUCUGGUCGAGUGGGGCUGACUCUGGUCACCGACAACGGCGACUUUGUCCUCCGUGUUGCUCUUCGGGUUAACUACAGAGGCUCUACAAAAGCCUUGUUUCUUAACACACGAAAGAAUAACGUCUGGGGAUCGGUAGUACCAUUCAGAAACUUCCCAUUUCCAACUGGUUCUGUGUCUACGACAAUUUCUAUGACUGUUACUGUUAAAGAUAGUAAGUUUGUCAUAACUGCCAACGGAAUUGUAAUAGCCGACUUUCCUUACCGUGGAUCUCUGACCUACGACAAAGUAGCCAAAAUCUUGUGGGGUGCCAAUGAAGGCACAGCCACAAAGAAAUCAAAGUUGGAGAAGAUCUCAAUCUCGUUUCCUUAAGAGGACAAUGAAUGAGCAUGUCAAUAGGAAUUUUGGACUGCUUCAGACAUUGUAGAAUUACUGUACCUGCUUGCUGUAUCGUAGAAUAUUUGUCGGAUCAUUAUGCUAUUGAAGUGCGCAUGUGCAGGCUAUUACAUACUAAUUAGCAUCAUUUGUCGGGUCAUAGGCUAUCAAAGUGCGCAUUUGGCUAUAACAUACUGAUUACCAAGUGCAGGUCAUGAAGCUGGGAAUGGGUAUUAUUAUGUUGUGGCACUGUAAACCAUU